GCGCUGCUACAGUUUGUCCCUGUUCUCUCCGACAAGAAACCCCGUCGCAGGAUCAGGCGGAAGCCGCAAACCUUAUCCAAAAUGGCGGGAGCUGAUGGAGACGACUCUCUCUACCCUAUUGCAGUGCUCAUUGACGAGCUUCGAAACGAAGAUGUACAGCUCCGGCUGAACAGCAUAAAGAAGCUGUCCACCAUCGCCCUGGCCCUGGGCGUGGAGAGGACACGCACAGAACUCCUCCCCUUCCUGACCGACACCAUCUACGAUGAGGACGAGGUGCUCCUGGCCCUGGCUGAGCAGCUGGGGAACUUCACCAUGCUGGUGGGAGGCCCCGAGUACGUCCACUGCCUGCUGCCCCCUCUGGAGAGCCUGGCCACAGUGGAGGAGACGGUGGUGCGGGACAAGGCGGUGGAGUCGCUGCGUAAGAUCUCCCACGAGCACUCGCCCGUGGACCUGGAGGUGCACUUCGAGCCGCUGGUGAAGAGGCUGGCCAGCGGGGACUGGUUCACCUCCCGCACCUCCGCCUGCGGCCUGUUCAGCGUCUGCUACCCCCGCGUCUCCAGCACCGUCAAGGCCGAGAUCCGCCAGCAUUUCCGAACCCUGUGCUCAGACGACACCCCCAUGGUGCGUCGCGCCGCUGCGGGGAAACUGGGCGAGUUCGCCAAGGUCCUGGAGCUGGACUACGUCAAGAGCGACAUCAUUUCCCUCUUCACCGCCCUGGCCUCCGACGAGCAGGACUCUGUGAGGCUGCUGGCGGUGGAGGCGUGCGUCAGCAUCGCCACCCUGCUGCCCCAGGAGGACCUGGAGGCGCUGGUGAUGCCCACCCUGAGGCAGGCUGCCGAGGACAAGUCCUGGAGGGUCCGCUACAUGGUGGCCGACAAGUUCUCCGAGCUCCAGAAGGCUGUGGGCCCCGAGAUUACCAAGAACGACCUGGUUCCGGCCUUCCAGAACCUUCUGAAGGACUGCGAGGCGGAGGUCCGGGCUGCCGCCGCCAACAAGGUCAAAGAGUUCUGUGAGAAUUUACCGGAGGACAGCAAAGAGACCAUCAUCAUGAGCCACAUCCUGCCCUGCGUGAAGGAGCUUGUGUCGGACACAAACCAGCACGUGAAAUCCGCCCUGGCCUCCGUCAUCAUGGGCCUGUCCACCAUCCUGGGGAAGGACAACACCGUGGAGCACCUCCUCCCGCUGUUCCUGGCCCAGCUGAAGGACGAGUGCCCGGAGGUGCGGCUCAACAUCAUCUCCAACCUGGACUGCGUGAACGAGGUGAUCGGCAUCCGGCAGCUGUCCCAGUCCCUGCUGCCCGCCAUCGUGGAGCUGGCCGAGGACGCCAAGUGGAGGGUGCGGCUCGCCAUCAUCGAGUACAUGCCCCUGCUGGCGGGGCAGCUGGGUGUGGAGUUCUUCGACGAGAAGCUGAACUCCCUCUGCAUGGCGUGGCUGGUGGACCACGUGUACGCCAUCCGGGAGGCUGCCACCUGUAACCUGAUGAAGCUGGUGGAGAAGUUUGGAGCGGAGUGGGCCCAGAACACCAUCGUCCCCAAAGUGCUGGGCAUGGCCAACGACCCCAACUACCUGCACAGAAUGACCACGCUCUUCUGCAUCAACUCGCUGUCCGAGGCCUGCGGGCAGGAUAUCACCACCAAGCAGAUGCUCCCGGUCGUCCUCAAGAUGUCCAACGACCAGGUGGCCAACGUGCGCUUCAACGUGGCCAAGUCCCUGCAGAAGAUCGGCCCGGUGCUCGACAGCAACGCCCUGCAGACCGAGGUGAAGCCCGUGCUGGAGAAGCUGGCCAGCGAUCAGGACAUGGACGUCAAGUACUUCGCCCAGGAAGCCAUCAGCGUCCUGGCCCUGGCCUAAUCGAGCACGUCUGCGAGUCUGAGCCUGCACCACGCCCCUGAGACUCAGCGCACCUGUAUUUAUUGAUAUCCAGGAUCAACCGUCUGCUUCUAGGGAAACCACAGGGCUGUGAACCGCUCCUUCCUGCUCGGGCGGCUGUAGAGGCUUAGGGGACGCAUUGGUGUUGGCCGUACGUGCUGUAAAUUUCGCUGCUUCCAUCAUCCGAACAUCCCAGAUCCAUUUAGCGUAGAAUUCUGUGGAGAGACACGCACAGACACAGACACAGACACAGACACAGACACAGACACAGACACAGACACAGACACAGACACAGACACAGACACAGACACAGACACAGACACAGACACAGACACACACACACACACACACACACACACACACACAGAAAUACAUUAGUUUCUGUGCCUUGUGUCUGUGGUCUGUUCUCCUGCUUGCUGGUUUUUCAGCUGAUGGCACCCCCUCCCCCAUCGGUUUGUGUUAAUUUAUUUCUGUCCCAGUGCCUGUGACGGACACGUCUGCAGCUUUGAUUUUUCUCUUAGAGAUUGCACCCGUCUCUGCAAGCAGACACAGUAACUUCUGUCUGCUUGACAGCUUGUAGCUGCCAGCACACAACAGAUUGAUCCUUUCCCUCCUGCAGCCUGGAUCUGCUCUCACCCAAGGUGUGAUGUGACCUUGUUCUGCCUACUCUCUCCCCCGCCCCCCCCCAACACACGCCGUCACACACACACACACACGCACACACGCACACACACACACACACACACACAGUGCACCCCUUUUCUGCAUCGUUGCUGAGCUUUUACGAGCCGUUUGCAGCUGACUGCAUCGAGGGCCCCAUGAAAGGACUUUUACACGAGGGACCAUUGCAGUGGGAGUUGGUGCAUGUCUUGAAAGGGGGGGUGGGGGCUUUUAUUUUUUCCUGUCUCCUGUUAUUGUAAAUCUUUAACUCCGGACCCCAUCAGAAUGGCCACCAGUGCCAUCAAUACUGUGUGUGAACCUGGCUGUUCUUAUGAGGCACUGGGACUCAAAUGCCUGGUUACCCUGGUUGUCGUAACGGGGUUUUGGGUCCGCCACACAUUUUAAAAUUUAUUUUCCCUCCAUUUGUGUGCGGAAAUUCCUUUCAUUUUUUUUGCAUGAAUACAGACUAUUUAGGUUUUUAAAAUACCCCCCCCCCCCCCCCCCAACCAAACUCCAGCCUGGAGAACUAAAUGUACCGGGGAGAUCCUGGGUAAUGCCCCCCUUGGUUUACUGUGGAGGCUAGAUACUGCCCUCCUUAUAAAUGAAUAAAACUAACCUGCUUGCUGCCCCCAUUUCAUAGCUCUAACGUUGACCACCUUCAGUGUUCUGUGUCAUUAGAAUGUGCUUCAGUUUUGUAUUGAAUAACUCCUCCACCGACAUCCCAACUAUGGGACACUACUACUAUGUAUGACGAGGGAAAUCUAAUAAAGUAAUACUUACAUGGUGA